AUGAGAGAAAUCGUUCAUUUACAAACCGGCCAGUGUGGUAACCAAAUAGGUGCCAAAUUUUGGGAAGUUAUUUCAGAUGAACACGGUAUCGAUUACUCUGGCACUUAUGUCGGAGACGCAGACCUCCAAUUAGAAAGAAUAUCCGUUUAUUAUAAUGAAGCCAAUGGUGGAAAAUACGUACCACCGCCGAGAGA